UCUUUUUUUUUCGUUUUUCUUUUCACCUCAGAUGCAGCAAGACAACACAGAUAAAGUGACGCGUCUUGUUGUGUUUGCCUUUUGGAGUGUAGUCUUGGUUGGCUUACCCUUUUGGUGGAAAACAACAGAAGUAUAUAGAGCUAGUUUACCGUUUGACGAGAUUGAUACACGAUAUCAGAAACAAGCAUGCGAUUUUGUAAUGCCCACUCAAUUGACUAUCUUUGUUCCUCCACAACUCAAUAAGCAAGAACAAAUCAUUUCUGAUAUCAAACGUCAAUUAUCAACACAUUCAAGAUACAAGGAUCAGUUCCCUAUUGAUAUUCUGAUAAAAGAAUGGAUAGGAGAUGUUGUGGAAGGACAUGAUGAAGCACCUAUUGGCGAUUAUUUUAUUUAUGUUAAUCAAGCAGAAAAAGACACUCUUUAUGUUGGAAGUGAGAGAUCAAGUCAAUUAAGCAUCAAAGACAUGACACUAGAUAGAGUGACAAAAGCCAUUGCCACAUUAAUAACGCCCAUUUACUUGAAUAAACAAGAAAACUUGGGCAACAUUGCCUGUCAUGUUGAAGGCACAAACAAGAACGAUGUGGCAAGCAUGCGUGCACUCAAGUAUUCUUCUCAAUAUGGAGCUACCAUUAGUUUGAUGAACAACAAUCCAGAACAUAUGCGUAUGGAUUGGGAUAUUCGUGAUGCCAUCAAUGCUUAUUUCACUCCUUUUAUCAAAGCUGUCUCUACUGUCUCUAACCUUACCAUCACAUCACAGAUUCAAAAUUAUGCGCCAUUGUCUUUGAAACCCAAAUACAAGGAAAGAGAAGGCAAACCCAAUUAUUAUUAUUUUGAACCUCAGCAUUUGCCUCACUUUGUCAAUUCUGCAGAAUGGAAUUUAGCAUCCACAAUCACUUCAUACCCAAGUAUUCAUUUCAUUUUAUAUGUCCCCUCUGCUGAUGAAUCCCCACUUCGUAUUCAUGAUGCUAAAGGACAACCUCUUUUGACAAGUGCGUUUCUUAUUCCUCGCUGGGGAAGUGUUGUCAUCAAAAACCCGCCUCGAAAUGCAACUGGAGAAUAUCGAUUUACCAAGCAAGAUUUGCAGCCUAUUAUUAAGAUCUUUGUUUCUCAAUUGAGAAGCUUAAUUGGUGUUCAAGACAUGGAGAGUCAUGUUCCCAAGCAAUUGGUACAUGAUUACCAAGUGACAUUUGCACCAGCCACACACACAGGUAUCACAACAUUGGAAAAAGACAACUUAAUUCGAACAAGAACACUUGAGAAUGUUGUCAAUACUAUCUCUACUUUAAAAUCUUUAGCUCAGUUGGUAGAUGAAAUCCCCAACAUGGUAGUUCAAGAUCAUAUUAGUGACAAAGUACAUCAUUCUUUGAAUGCAUUGGAUCUUGUGGAUACUGCUCUACGUAAGAGGGACUAUUUGAAUGCUUUGCAAAACUCAAUUGAAGCGAUUGAACUGGCUGAAAAGGCAUUUUUUGAUCCAACCAUGGUAUCUAUGCUUUAUUUCCCUGAUGAGCAUAAAUAUGCUAUUUAUAUGCCAUUGUUUGUACCUAUUUCUGUUCCUUUAAUGAUGGCCUUGUUAAAGGAAAUCAAGAAACUAAAGCAAGCAAAGACAUUAAAGCAAAAAGAAGAAUAAUGUAAAUAUACAUUUUUUUUAUUUAAAAU